UUGUUCCAUUGCUUCGCCGAUUGCUGCCGCUGCCAUUCAGUCAAUUCAGUGCAAGUUUGGCAGUAGAGGUGAAAUUGGCUCCAUUGCCAAUCUAAUGGAACAUCGUUCUUUUGAGCAAGUCCCGUCAGCUGUAGUGCUCAAUCAACUAAACAUUCGCGUGAAACGUGAUAAUUGUCGUAAACAACAAAUUCUGCUCCUGCUAUUAUGUUGUUUAAACGGAUCAUUGAAGGAAAGUCGAUGUUGAACGCUGAAACCACCAAGUCCAAGUCUCCGGAGAAAUGUUCCAGAAGGCGGUCUGAAUGCGAUGGGUGUGGGGAACAUUCCACUAUUCUGGAAGAAAUGGUCAAGGUGGUUAUGCUGGGAGUUGUGCUGUGGGCGGGAGUAACGUUUGGGAGCCAUGUCGCUCCCUACCCGCUUAACUUAAUAUUGAAUUCUGACAAUCUUCACCCGCCUCCAAUGUAUGACUUCCCAUUUCCAAGUGCAGAGAUGUUAAAAAGGCUUCCACCUGUAACUGGAAUCCAAACCAACAAGUCUAUCAGUAUUAGCAAAUUUUCUGUUUCAUUGUUGGAGAGGCUAGAACAGAAUCUUAACGCUGCUGGGAUCACUCCGAGAGCAGGAUCACCAGGAAAGGGAUUCAUGAUCCAAGGUCUCCCGUCUGACGACGCAAUGUUUUAUGAAAAGUCGUCUAUGAUUAUCACAAAAGCGUCACAGAAUCUGGUUGUAACUCGAUGCACAAGAUACGGUUUGGCUAAGGAUGAGUGUGCAAGUUAUGUUAGUACUUUGAACUUGCGUGAUAGUGAAUACGGGCCGGAGUGUGCCGCGCUCGAAAAGCUGGCGUGCCGUUCUAACAAGUUAUCAUCACGUUAUCGCUCCUUCGAUGGCUCGUGUAAUAAUCCUGUGCGGUCUUCCUGGGGCCAAUCACUAACUGGCUACAAGCGGCUCUUGCACCCAAGAUAUGCUGACGGCAUCGAAGAGCCUCGCUCUUCUGCAAACAAUAAGCCAUUGCCGUCUGCCCGUUUAGUCAGCACAAAACUUACCAGUAACUUAGAUCGACCUGAUGACAAAAAGAGCAUUGCCUUGCCCAUUUGGAGUCAGUUCAUUUACCAAGACUUGGUUCACAUUCCCGUAAGGAAGACAAUCCAUACCCAUCAGGCGAUCCGCUGCUGUGACAAUGAUGGCUCAGCGCUAUCACCUCGCUACCUUCAUCCGAGCUGCAUGCCUAUAUCUGUACCUUUUGAGGAUUUCUUCUACAAAAAGGAAUAUCAAACCUGCAUGGAGUAUACCCGAUCGGCCACAACCUACAGAGGAGACUGCAGUUUUGGUGCUUCAGAACAGAUGAACCAAGCGACGCAUUUCAUGGACGGCUCCCAGCUGUACGGCACGAACGGCCGCGAGGCGGCGGCGCUCCGUGAGAAGGAGGGGGGGCUGCUGAAGACUUCGGGCCCUGGUGCCAACCUGCCGCCGUUGUCUGCUGACCCUACUGCGCAGUGUCUCGUGCCCGGCCGUGGCGAUACCUGCUUUAAAGCUGGUGACAUCCGCGUGAACAUGCACCCAUGGCUGACGAGUAUGUACGCGCUGUGGGUGCGCGAGCACAACCGCGUGGCGCGCGCGCUGGCGGCGCUCAACCCGGCCUGGAGCUCCGACCGCCUGUUCCACGAGGCGCGCCGCAUCGUGGUCGCGGAGAUGCAGCACAUCACCUACGCUCACUGGCUACCCGCCCUUAUUGGUAAAGCAUUCGACGAGUUGUACGAGAGCUACGACACGGGCUACAACUCCGACGUGAACCCCACCGUGAGCAACUCGUUCGCCACGGCCGCCUUCCACUUCGUGCACACCAUGCUCGACCAGGACAUCGAGCUGGUUGACACCAACGAGGACCUCUCGUCACACCGCCUCAAGGACACCUUCUUCAAGCCCACCAUCGUGCCCGGCAAUCUGGAGAAGAUCCUGAAGGGCAUGGCCGCGCAGAAGAGCCAGGGGAUGGACUUGAACUACGAUGAUGAUGUGCGACACGGCUGGCUGGGCGGGCUGGACGCGCUGGCGCUGGACGUGCAGCGCGGCCGCGACCACGGGCUGCCAGGCUACGCGGGCUACCGCGCGCUCUGCGGCCUGCCGCCCGCCACCACCUUUCACCACUUCACCGAUCUCAUCCCGCAGGAGGUGGUUGACAAGCUAAUGGAAGUGUACGAGCACCCCGGCGACGUGGAUUUGGUCGUGGGCGCCAUGGCCGAAACUCCUCUGCCCGGCUCUUCCUUCGGACCAACCUUCACGUGCCUUAUCAAGGAGCAACUGUGGCGCACCCGUUACGGCGAUCGCUACUUCUACUCGCACACCGAUGAGGCCGGCAGUUUCAGCAAGCGGCAGCUGGCGGAGCUGAGGCGCGCCUCGCUGGCCCGGCUGCUGUGCGACAACGGGGGCCUUACCGCCGUGCAGAGGGACGUCUUCCAGACUAGCUCCCCCAGCAACCCUAAAGUUCCUUGCGACGAGAUCAAGAAGGUGAACCUGGAGGCUUGGCAGGAGGCUGGGCAGCCGGACCUGCUGUCGCGCACCACCAAGUGGCUCAGGACGCGCGUGGCCGACCGCGCGCACUAGCUGCACGAGGCCGAUGACGUCACGAGGGG